UUAAAAAAAAAGUCCAGAGGCAGGCCUUCCAGGGCUGGGAUGGCAGCUCCAUGGAGUCGCCAGGGCCCCAGGUUCCUUCCAGCUCUGGUCCCAUCCUAGGGUCUGCAGGGGACACUGCUGUGCUCACGGUCCAAGCUGGCACCCGCCGGCCACCCGUCGCCCCAGGCCGAGCGUGGAAAAGAGUGAAGGCAUUCCCUCGCCCCUCAGGAGACUUCCCCGACAUCCCAUCCACUUCCGUCUGCAUUUUUCUGUCUCACCGGCCAGAGUUUGGUCAUGUGGCCAAACCCAGCCACAAAGAAUGCUGAGGAAUGUACUUCUUUAGCCAGGUUCCUGGCUACACUAAAUAAAUUCAUUAUUCUGUUGCUGAUGAGGUGUGGAAGAACGGAUAUAGGGUAACAACUGAAACUUCUGCCACAGCCUUUUAGAAGUUUAAAAGAGUAGAGGCUUUAAGAUCUAAGAAAAGUAUUAAGAAAAUUCUAUAAAGAGGCCGUUUAUAAAAUCAGUCUGUAAAAGUAGUUAACAUAGCUACAUAUAAAAAGAAUAACUGCUUAGAAAAUAGCUCACUGAGAGGAAAGACAUACAGAGAUGUGACAGAUAUAGCAGCAUCAGGAUACGUUUGGACAUUUUACAAAAUGAUGAACUUAUUUGGAGAAAUAUGGAGACAGGAAGUAUUUGGAAAAGACGGAGCAAGAACUUCCUCUCACGUUGUAAAGGUCUGAGGAAACAGCUGCGGUGGGCCGAAGCUGUGGUCCCAGGGCAGGAACAGGGCAGCGGAACUGAAGGGAGUCUAGAGACCGAGCCCGACUCAGAGCAUCAGGCUGUGGUGCGGGCGGCGUUUGCGUCCGUGGGGGAGGGAAGCGCAGGCGCGGGUACGGCUCGCCGGCCAUCUGGAGGAAAUGAAGCUAGAACAACUUCGUCCAGAUGGAAGGGAGCCAAGAGGACUGACUUCUCUUGUGGGUCUGGUUCUGGCCCAGCCGUGGGACCCUCUGGACGGUCAGCGGGUACGGCCCCGACCUGUAUCCCGAUUGUGAGAUGGGGACUGAGCACGUGGAGGUAAUCCCCAAGGAAGAAGUUUCUGAAGACCCUGAGCCACGUGUGGCAGCGUCAGAGAAACUUCCCAAGGUGGUUUGCCAGGGCCGGGAGUUUGGAGGCGCCCGGGCAGAAGACGCGGUGGAGAGGCACUUGAGAGCGUCCUUGGACGAGAGCGCGGAGCAGGUGUCUCCUCGGGGGAGAGCCCUGGUGUCGGGGCUGAUCGCCUGUAAGAGGUCACCGUCGGGCGAGAAGUCCGGGGACAGCGACGAGAGCGAGUGCGUCUGCAGCCCUGGCCCGCUCCCGCCCCCGUCUCAGGCUGAGCCCGCAGCCACGGCCGUCCGCGCCUGCGCCGCCUCCCGCCACAGCCCCGCCUCCCGCCACAGCCCCGCCUCCCGCCACAGCCCCGCGGAGAACUCAGGGUCUCACAAGGCCCGGAGGAGUCCUGUGGGAGAAAAGCCUCAUGCGUGCAAAGAGUGCGGGAAGGCCUUUAAUCAGAACUCGCACCUCAUCCAGCAUCUGCGGGUCCACAGCGGAGAGAAGCCCUUCGAGUGCAAAGAGUGCGGGAAGACGUUCGGGACCAACUCCAGCCUGCGGAGACAUCUGAGGAUCCACGCCGGGGAGAAGCCCUUCGCCUGCAGUGAGUGUGGCAAGGCCUUCAUCCAGAGCUCACACCUUAUCCACCAUCACAGGAUCCACACCGGGGAGCGGCCGUACAAGUGUGAGGAGUGUGGCAAGGCCUUCAGCCAGAAUUCGGCGCUCAUUCUGCACCAGAGGAUCCACACCGGCGAGAAGCCGUACGAGUGCAACGAGUGCGGGAGGAGCUUCCGGGUCAGCUCGCAGCUCAUCCAGCACCAGCGCAUCCACACGGAGGAGCGCUACCACGGGUGCAGCGAGUGCGGCAAAGCCUUCAAGCACAGCUCGGGCCUCAUCCGGCACCAGAAGAUCCACACCGGCGAGAAGCCCUACCUGUGCAGCGAGUGCGGGAGGGGCUUCGGCCAGAGCUCGGAGCUGAUCCGCCACCAGAGGACCCACACGGGGGACAAGCCGUACGAGUGCGCUGAGUGCGGGAAGACGUUCGGCCAGAACUCGGAGGUCAUCAGGCACACCCGGAUCCACACCGGCGAGAAGCCCUACGCGUGCAAGGAGUGCGGGAAGGCCUUCCGGGGCAACUCGGAGCUCCUGAGGCAUGAGCGGAUCCACACCGGCGAGAGGCCCUACGAGUGCUUUGAGUGCGGGAAGGCCUUCAGGCGGGCCUCCCACCUCACGGUCCACCAGAGGGUUCACACGGGGGACAAGCCUCACCAGUGCAGCGAGUGUGCGAGAACCUUCUGGGGCAGCUCAGAGCUGCUGCUCCACCAGAAGACGCACGUCGGGGAGAAGCCGUACGAGUGCACCGAGUGCGGGAAAGCCUUCGGCCAGCAUUCCCAGCUUGUUCUCCACCAGAGGACGCACACGGGCGAGAGGCCCUAUGAGUGCCAGGAGUGCCGGAAGACCUUUAGCAGGAGCUCCCACCUGCUCCGACACCAGAGCGCCCACUGCGCGCAGUGAUGGCCCUGGACGUGCCCCGGCCCGGCCUGCUGCGCCCAGGCCUGCGGACCCCACGAGGGGGCACACGUCCUCCCGCCGACUUCCAACGCAGCGGCCGAAAACGAGGGGACGCUCUUGUGAACAGUUCACGGAGGAGUUUCAGGAUCCCGAGUUAAAUCGGAGAAGCUGUUGGAGGCCUUCAUGUUCCCUCUGUCCCCUUUCGCACUUCGUCCGCCCUCCCCGAGUGGAUCCCAUCACUUCCGGGAUCUGCACCGGCCACGUAGCCCGGCUCGUUACUUCUCGGGAACCGUGGAGACCCGCCACCUCCCACGGGUGACAGCGCUGACUCUUGGAAGGUUAGGAAGCCGUGGCGGAGGACACACUCCGUCUUCCCGGCCACGGAGUCGCACCGGGACCCUGAUCGAGCUUCUCCUAGCUUCGACGUCUUGCAGACGUGAUACCAAGGUUCCUUAGACAAUUGCUGAAGCCGGGAAGCUUGGGGACCCCCUCCCGUGAGGCCUCCUCGUCCCCCCUCAGAGGGUGCAGGACGGAGGAGACAACAGGCCGCUUCCAGGAUGGCAAGCGAGGCCCUGAGCGUCCCGAGGGGCUGGUGGGUCAGGUGGGGGUGGGGUGGGUGCACAGAGCAGCCCAUGGGCAGCUGUGCCCCGCGGGGGGCUGUGCGGAUGGACGGAUGGACGUCCUGCUGGGUCGUGUGUCAGCAGGUAGCAGAGGGACUGUGCAGCCUCACCGUCAGCAGGCACCUGGGCCCUCGCUGGGCCUCGCCCCACACCCCGGAGCCCUCCGCCGUGGCACCUGCUCUCGCUCGCCCACGGCCCAGCAGCCCCCUCGCCUCCUGCCCACGAACGCUCUGUGUUCUCCUCGGGCGUCCACGCGUCCAAAUGUGUGGGGCACCGGGAGGCGGCUGGCCCCAGCAGGCUGGCGCUGCUCCUCGCGCUCGGCCCCUGACGGCGCUCACCCUGAGAGGAGGGGCAUGAACUCCGUGAGCUCCAGGGUCCGACCAGCCCUGCGGUUGUGGACUUCUUAGAUCUAACAUGACACAUCCUCGGUGCUCUGUUGUUUAAUCUCUUCUUUGUGACGUGAUUACUAACCCCUAGUGUUUCCCGAGUUUUCGCUGUGCCGGGCCCAGCGCCAGACACUCUCUGUGCUUAUUUUCACAGCGUCUCUGAUGUGGGUCUCCUGUAAGCGGCUGGAGUGGGUACCACGUGGGUACCAUAAAAUCCACCUGUUUCCCGUGUUCA